AUGGCCAAGGAAACUCCUUCCCGGAGCCGACUUGACCGUUUUGUGAAGGAAGUCUCAAUCCGCUCGUACGAAUGCUCCCAAACUUCACCAGAGGCUCUAAAAUACCAGUUCUCGCUUGCGCGCAGAACGAAGCUUCGGAAGUUUGGCCGCGCGCGGAGGAGUUCCCGACGUCCAAAAGUUACGAUCUUGAUAUGGAAAGAUAGAUACUUGAGUCAUGCAUCACGUCGAAGUGGAAUGAAGCCAUUUGGAUCAACUAUGAGGCCUAGACUUAUUUUCUACCGAGACAUGUCCGGUAAGCGAGUAAACGAAGCCCAUGGAGGAUUUGGAGUGUCUAAUGGCCCGAGCAGCAGCGCCAAAGGCCUUGAUCGAAUAGAGAAGAGGCCUGGCUAA